AUGGGUCCUCUAGUCAUGAUGUUAAUGCUACCAUUACGGGCCGAGUAUGUUGGACUUACAGCGCGAGGAUCCUUGGUUACAAACAAUCUUAUUAUCACUUCGAAUCCGAGCUCUGAAGCCGACAACGGCUCUAACUUGCCCUCUUUACGCUUUGGCUUAGAACCGUUGUGCAGCGUCAUUGAGGGUGACCUGGCAGGGACGUCCUUGUCCAUUAAGACGGGAAAAGGUCAGUCACUAGCGUCCUUUAAGGUGGAGGACGACAAGACUUUGCUGGAACUUGGUAACCUAAAAGUUAAUGGUCAUUUAGACAUAAGUGACGGCAGCUUUAUUAUAAACGGAAAGAACCAAUGGCGCUUGGCCGUCCACGAAGUCUUCACUCUCAAUAUGGCCCCCGAAGGGUGGGACGUGUCAAAUCCCGAGAUCGUUACGGAUUGUGCCGGGGUCAUAAUGCUUGGAGGCUAUAAGAAAUUCAGCCAAGGCGAAAUAUCCAAAAUCUACACCAACCUACCUCCUCACGAAUAUAUACGCGUUGUUGCCAACUACCACUUUCUCGACAACUGGACCGGCGAUACAGGAUUCCUUCGAAUCAAUGCUGGCAAGGAUGGGAGCCUUGUACAUGUUUGGACCGACUCUCACACGGCUGCCGCUAAGGGCAUCAAUGUUUGCGGCAAUCCGAACGUUCCGGAGUCCAAGUUCUCCGUGCCAAUUGAUAUCACGAUACCACACAGCAGUUCAAAAAUCAAACUCGGAUUCGGAUCCACAAUGAAAACAAACAUUCCGGAUGAAGCAUCAUGGGGCAUUUCUCUGGUUGAGUUGUAUAUAAAAUAG